GCCUCGGGCGACAACCCCGCCAACCUGCUGUCAAUUUACUGUCUCGGGGUAGAUGCAGGCCCAGACAACAAAGGCAUGAUCAACAUCUUGAGGAACUUCGUGGCAGCCUGUAGGAAGGUCUCUUUCGUGGUCGUGUUCUGUAAAUUCCACCAGGCCCACAUUAUAGCUGGAGCGGCGCUGACAGCGCUGGACGAAUGGGAGUGGCAGACAGGAGAAGAUGAGGUGGAGAAGCAGAACAUGAACACCAACAUUAAAUACUGGAGUGCGGUGGCCACAGUGGCCAAUGUAUGGCGGAGCCCAGGUACCCACAGGAAGCUUCAAAAUGCCGCCUGCGACGCGUUCUCGAAUCAGAUCUCCCUUGAAUUCUUCAGCAAACAGCCAGGCCGCCCACUCAAAGGAAGAUGGGGCCGCGUCGAGUCCGUGGAACAGAUCAUAUGCGCUGGGAGAGCCUUUUUGGGCAAGGUGUUUGCCCGCGUUUUCGGCCAAGCAGAGCAGCAGGCACAGAAAGAAAAGAAGAAACCUGCCAAGAAAGCUGGGGGGGACGAGGAUAAGAACUUCAAAGAAGAAUGGACCAAGUACAGGAGCAAUUCAACAAAGGCCUUGAACCAGGGGGGGUUCCACGCGAAAGUGUACAUAUCAGUAUAUGUGAAACAGCCACUCACGUACUUCUUCAACUGGGCCCAGAAAGCAGUGAAGCAGCGCAGCAAGAUGAGCCAGGAGUCGAUCGACAACAUCGGUGCCCCGCCAAUGAUCCACACUCCUCUCAGUAAGCUCGUGGGGUUCCAGGCGGCGGAGGUAAGCGCCAGGUACUCGGCCUUGCUCGACAACAGCCAGCUGGAAGCGCGAACUGGCCUGGCACCAGUGUUCGAGUUGAUCCCUGCCCAGUACGGCCACGAUGUGCGUGAACUUGUAGUGGGGCUGGUCCUCCUUCAGGCGGCGCAGUGGAACAUGAGGUUCACGGUGCCCUGUGAAUCGUUCCCUUUACUUCUGCUCAGGAUGGUCGAGGAGCCGCCCGACGUCGACUCCCGCAUCCGGAGGCAC